GAAGCUACGGAGCUCACGAGGUAGCAUUAGCUCCUCUUAGAAGGUAGUUUGAAAACAGGUUUGGUGUUUUCGGUAAAUAUUUCCGUGUUUUCAGUGAAAAUGUCUUCAGUUCCGCCUCAGAGAGAGUUUAUCAACGAGCAGGUAACUCCUGCUGGAGAAACAUUCACAGAGUGGAAAGAAAUCAACGUUAAGAUGGAGGAAGAGAUGGAGGAUCAGCGCAGACUGAUGGAUUUUACCCGGAUACCGAGGAUCAUCUUACACCGGAUAGUUCUGUUUAAAGAGGAGGAGGUUCUCAAUGAGCCCAGCAACCAGGUGGAAAACUCCACUUUAUAUCAAGAGGAACCAGAACCUCUGCAGAUAAAACAGGAACAAGAGGAACCAGAACAUCUGCAGAUAAAACAGGAACAAGAGGAACCAGAACAUCUGCAGAUAAAACAGGAACAAGAGGAAAGAGAACAUCAACAGUUCAAAGAGAAGCAACUCUGCAUCAGUCAGGAUGAAGAGCAUCUUGUGCUGAAACAGGAGACUGAUGACAUUUUGGUGAUUCCUUCUAAUGUGCAAAGAAUCCACAAUGAAACAGAAGCACAGAGGGACCAACUCAUCUCUCAUGACUCUGCUGAAACUAACCAGGAUCAGAAAGGAAGCAAUUCUGAAGACCUUGGAAAAAAGAGAGACAAAGAACAGAAACAAAAGGAGAAAUAUGAGAAAACCAAACAGCAGAAAAGUAAAACUGACAGUUUGAAACAAAAAAGGUACAAGAAAGUUCACCUCAACCAAAAGUUAUAUUCUUGUAAAAUUUGCGAUAAAACCUUUUCUCGAAAGAAUUCUUUGCCUAGACACAUGAAAAUUCACACGGGAGAGAAAUGUUUCCAAUGUCCAGUCUGUGGAAAAAGUUACCGUUACAAGACUGGUUUUAUUUAUCACUUGAGAAUUCACACAGGUGAAAAACCAUUCACAUGUUCAAUCUGUGGAAAACAUUACCGUUUAAAGGGCGCUUUAAAGAAUCACAUGAGGAUUCAUGUUGGUGAGAAGCCUUUUUCUUGUACGACCUGUGAAAAAAGUUUUACCAGUAACAAUUAUUUAGCAAUUCACAUGAAGUCUCACACGGAUGAGAAGCGUUAUUCAUGCGAGACUUGUGGAAAACAUUUUGGUUACAAAUGUUAUUUAAACAUUCACAUGAGGAUUCACACAGGUGAGAAACCUUUUUCAUGUCCAAGUUGUAGAAAGAAAUACAGGCAAAGAGCCACUUUAACUCGACACAUGAGAAUUCACACAGGUGAGAAGCGUUAUUCAUGUGAGACUUGUGGAAAACAUUUUGGUUACAAAUGUGAUUUAAAUCUUCACACGAGGAUUCACAAAAAUGAGAAGCCUUUUUCUUGUGUGACUUGUGGAAAAACUUUCCCUCAGAGAAGCAAUUCCACUGUUCAAUGAGAGAGCACAUGAUGGCAUAAUUUAAGUAACUUGCUGUUUGGAAGUGGAGUAAUUAUAGCUUGAUGGCAUUUUGAAGAUGUAGCAGCUUAGUUAAAAAAAAAAGGCAUUCCAAAUAAGAAGUCAUCUUAUUCUGGUAGUUUUACCUUUCCAUUUUAAUGUUUCUUUUUAAGUGAGAUUGUCUCCGUAUUUAUUGUUUCUUAAUUGAAAAGUGAAUUUAAAUGCUUCUAGAGUUAUAGUGUGUUUGUUGUACUUAUAGUUUGUUUUAGUUAAAAGACUUUGAUUUGUGAAAUGUAUCUUUUUUUCGUGUUUGUUUGAGAGGUUUUUGACUCUGUAGAGUAUUAGAACAUUUAGUGAUGAUGUAGAUCAAAUUUAAGAUAAAAAGUGACAAAAACCCGUCUCACUUCUCUUAUUUUGGGCGAGCACAGUUGGAAAGAAUGAGCCGAUCAGGAACGGCAAAAAAACAUUCCGAAAACACAGACGUGUCCCAAAAAGCAAAUAACUCAAAGCUUAGCACAAGGUUCAUGACCAAUAUUUAUAUUAACAUCAUGAUCUUAAUGUAUAUAAAUAUUUUCUGACUGUUUUGUCAGUACCCAGUUUAUUGGAAGUGCAAGGAUUUGACUGCUACAACUGUGACUAAACAAAGAGGUGAAAUUAGUCAGUCAUAGCUAGCAAGCCGCUAUCUCUUAAACAUUUAAAUCAAGUGAAUGGCUUUAUCUAACUUAAAGAAAAAAACAAUUCUAUUCAUCCAUCUCUCCAGGACAAGUUUACUAAUCAUCAUCGUGGCAAACGCAUAAUUAAUCAAAUCACAGAUUUUCAUGAUUACGUCACAGUGCUGCCAUCUUGUGACAGAAACAUGUUCCUGCAGCUCAGCAGAGAUAAACAAGCUGCAGGUUGUUGUUUCUGUUUCCAUCUCAGUGAUUUAAGUUCAUGAUGUUUUGCUAGAAAAUGUUUUGUUCAGAUUAUUAAACAGGAACAAACGUUUCAACGACUGAAGGAAGUCAGACAGUAGA